AUGGAAACAAACGCCGAAACCAGUAUCAGUAAGGACCAUCGCGGUCACUACAAGGCGUCUACAGUGUGGAGAGUCACUGGCGUUUCGUUUGGCAGCCUCUCGCUAGGAUAUGCGGCCGCCAUCAUCGCUACCACCCUUGGACAACCCUCCUUCUUUGAGUAUAUGAACCUCGCAACUGCAAAGAAUGCAUCCCAAAUCAUUGGAGCGAUGAACUCACUCUUCUACGCCGGCGGCUUCUUCGGAUGCGUCUUCAACGCGUGGUUCGCGGACCGCUUUGGUCGAAGGAUUGCGAUUGCCACUGCCUGUGUGAUAGUAUGCUUGUCCCUUGCUUUGCAAGCUGGGUCGGUACAUGUCGCCAUGUUCAUCGUAUUCCGCUUCACCAAUGGGUUUGGCAACCUGAUGCUCAUGAACUCUAUCCCGCUGUGGAUAACUGAGUUCGUGCCGCCCUACCAUCGCGGCGCCCUCUCCAACAUCCACGCAGCAAUGAUAAACAUAGGAUACCUCGUUUCCUCGUACGUUGGAGUAGGAUUCUACUACUACACCGGCGGUUCUGGCAACCAAUGGCGCGCUCCACUAGCCUUGGGCUGCCUCUUCCCACUAAUUACGCUCGCGGUCAUGCCUUUCAUCCCAGAGAGCCCACGAUACCUCCUUACCAAAGACAAGAUCGACGAGGCUUGGGACAUUGUGCGGGAAAUGCACUCCUCUAGCGACGACCCGAACCACGAAUUCGCAACAGUAGAGUUCUACCAAAUGAAGAAGCAGCUCGAGAUUGACAGCCGCCUGGACUCGUCAUGGAUCGGAAUGCUCCGCCGCCCAUCCUACAGAAAGCGCCUCUACAUCUCCAGCUCCCUCCUCGUCCUCCUCUACUGUACCGGCACCCUCACCAUAGCUAACUACGGGCCCAUUCUCUUUAAAUCCCUCGGCUUCUCCCCUUCGCAGGUCCUCCUCUUCCAAGCCGGCAACAUCCUGCAAGGCCUCUCCGCCGUCAUCGCCUCCAUCUUCAUCGUCGACCGCUUCCCGCGCCCCACCCUCCUCGCCACCGGCAUGCUCGUCUGCGCCGUCAACAUCUCCAUCGUCGCCGCCCUGACCGCCACCUACCUCGGCACCACCAACACCUCCGGCCUCGCCGCCGCCGUCGCCUUCAUCUUCGUCUACGUCUGGUGCUACGGCUUCAUCCUCGACGGUGUCGGGUACUUCUAUGCUGCGGAAUUGUUCCCCACGCACCUCCGCGCGAAAGGCGUGACGUGCUGCCUAGGCGCAUACUGUCUAAUCAAUAUCCUGUGGCUGCAGGUGGCGCCGACGGCGUUUGACAACAUCGGGUGGAAGUUCUAUAUGGUGUUUGUGAGCUGUGCGGUUGUGGGCGCGGGGAUCGCGUGGACGUGGUUCCCGGAUACGUCGCACUGCUCGUUGGAGGAGGUGGCGCGGCUGUUUGGGGAUGAGGAUUUGGUUGCGGUUUAUCGGGAGGAGAUUGUGUUGGAUAAGCAAGGGGGAGGGGUGGUGGAGAAGCCGGGGGUGGAGCAUCGAGAGGAGGAGAUGUGA